UGUUUUGCUAAAAGGUGAAUGGGAAUCGUGAGCAGAGGCGUCUCCAUCCCCGGGGGCUGCUCCUCCAUUCAUUCUCUGAGGAGCUUAACCCCUCCAGCCCCGGCAGAGGAGGCCCCCCCUAUGAUGACAUAUACCUGACGAUCCGGCUGGAGUCCUGUGCUCACACUCACUGCAGUCAGUCCAGGUAGUGAGUGAGUGUGUGCUCCUCCCCUCCUGAAUCACUAAGCAGGAAGAGAAAGUUUAGUGAGUGAAGUCUUCAGUGAUCCUAAGCUGAGGAGCCGGAGACACACACAGUAUCUCACACACAGUGUCUCCGGCACCUGAUCCGGGGAGGAAUACUUACUGCCGCCUCCAGUACUUACUGACCUCCAAUGACUACUACUACUGCCCGGGAAGUGUAUGGACUGUGCCUGGGCUGCCACACAAGAAACAACUGUUACAAGUACUGAAUCACCCCGUCCACAGGGGACAUAGCGGACCAUGAAAAUGGACGUAGAAGGAGCCGAUAUGACACUUUGGCCAGAGGUUGAAUUUGAGGCAAAGUGCACGUAUAUAGUGAAGGAUCACCAAUGGGACAGCCACUCCGAUGGAAGUAACCUUGUCCAAGCACAAGCAUCUCUGCCCAGGAACUUACUUUUUAAGCACACACCAGGCUCUAAAGAGGUGAUUGGUGUUUUAAGCAAAGAGUAUAUUCCAAAAGGAACCCGUUUUGGGCCAUUUGUAGGAGAGAUCUACACCAACGAUAAUGUUCCCAAAAAUGCCAACAGGAAAUACUUUUGGAGGAUAUACUCAAAUGGUGAAUUUAAUCAUUUUGUUGAUGGCUACAAUGAAGAAAAGAGUAACUGGAUGCGCUAUGUGAACCCAGCACACUCCAUUCAAGAACAGAAUUUGGCAGCUUGUCAAAAUGGCAUGAGUAUCUAUUUUUACACCAUCAAGCCUAUUCCAGCCAAUCAGGAACUGCUUGUAUGGUACUGCCGGGACUUUGCAGAAAGACUUGAUUAUCCUUCCUCUGGAGAGCUGGUGAUGAACCUUAAGCAAAGUUUGAUCAUCACAGCAGAUCAGAUUCCUCAGAAAGAGAUGCCACUUCAAAAAAACACUCCCAAGAAAGAGCACAGUGUUAAGGAAAUUCUAAAGAACACAAAUCAUUCAAAGCCUAAAGACAUCCCAAUGAACAAUAUCGAUGGUAUAAUUCCUGGCAAAGAAGCCAUAGAACCACCUAAACAUUGUAGUCCUGACAGACCAAUCUUCCCAAGAGUUGUGUAUCCAUUCCGCUCACAUAUUCAUGAAGAUUAUCUAAAGGCCACAGUUGGGUAUGGCCUUGAGAGACCAAACUAUAUGAUGCAUUCACCAAUUCAGUCAUCAACACCACCAAGUCCUUCAGCAAGAAGUAGCCCAGACCAGAGUUAUAAAAGCUCAAGUCCGCACAGUAGCCCAGGAUCUGCAUUAUCCCCUCACCAAACACCACAAGAGCACAGAGAACUGUACCCAUUUCUAAAUAGACCAUACAGCUCUGAAGGACUGGCAUCCUUUCCCAGCUAUGCACCCCCUGCAAGUCAUCUACCUCCAACCUUUAUAUCUUCAUACCAUCAUUCCUACCCCAAGUUCUUGUUGCCACCUCUUGGUCUUGGAUGCAAUGGCCUUAACACGCUAAAUAACAUCAGUGCUAUGAAUAAUUUCAAUAUUAUCCCAAGAAUGUAUCCAUUUUACAGCAGUAUGCUUGGAGGUGGAAGCCUCUCUCACCACAUGUUAAACCCUGCAGCUAUUCCUGGUUCACUACCCCACGAAGGAGGACGCAGACUGCUACAGCCUGACCAGCCACGAGACUUUCUCAUUCCUGCACCCAAUAGUGCCUUUUCCAUCACAGGUGCUGCUGCUAGUAUGAAAGAUAAGCAGAUCAGUCCAACAAGUGGAUCCCCCACUGCCGGCGCAGCAGCAAGUUCUGAGCAUGUCAUGCAACCUAAAGCUACCUCAGCAGUGAUGAUCACUAACAGUGAUGAAGCCAUCAAUUUGAUCAAAAACAAAAGAAACAUGACUGGCUAUAAGACUCUCCCCUACCCUCUUAAAAAGCAAAAUGGAAAAAUCAAAUAUGAGUGUAACAUUUGCUCAAAGACUUUUGGACAGCUGUCAAAUCUUAAGGUCCAUCUACGAGUUCACAGCGGUGAGCGGCCAUUCAAAUGUCAGACUUGCAACAAGGGAUUUACCCAGCUGGCACAUCUACAGAAGCACUUUUUGGUACACACUGGGGAGAAGCCUCAUGAAUGUCAGGUAUGUCAUAAGCGGUUUAGCAGCACAAGCAACCUAAAAACUCAUCUACGACUGCACUCUGGAGAGAAACCCUACCAAUGCAAGCUCUGCCCAGCAAAGUUCACCCAGUUUGUUCAUCUCAAACUCCAUAAACGUCUUCACACAAGGGAACGUCCACAUAAAUGUGUUCACUGCCACAAAAGUUACAUUCACCUGUGCAGUCUUCAAGUACACAUGAAGGGAAAUUGUCCUGCAUCCCCAAGACCCGGUCUCACCAGGGAGGACCUGAGUGUGAUCAAUGAAGAGAUUGAGAAAUUUGACAUUAGUGACAGCGCAGACAGACUAGAUGAAAGUGACAUGUCACCUGCAGCGGAGAAAGAAAUAAUGACUCUUCUCCGAAGAGAAAUAGAAGGUGCAAGUAUGAAGAUAUCUGUGUCCAGGAGUAUGGAAAAUGGCUUAAUUACAUCUGGGUGCAACUUUUAUGAACAAUCGGACUCUGUCAUAAAGCUGCCUCAUAACUCCCCGCUACCUCUGUUACCAGUUAAGGUCAAACAAGAAACCGUAGACCAAAUGGACUCUUAACGGACUCACGGAACAAGUGUUAUUUAUAAGAAGUUGAGGUGACUGCAGCCCAUCCUUGUACAUAUUUAUAAUGCUGCAACAUAGUCUUAGCUUAUGAAAGGUAGAAUUCUUCUAGAAGACCAACCCAAACUCCAAGAAGGAACUCCGAGAUAAGCAUAUUCUCAGGGCAAGGAAAGAGUCAGGGAAAUGGGUAUUGCCUACUCACUUAAUAUUAUUAUAAUUAUUAAUUAUUAUUAUUGUUAAUAAGACAAUCAUUUAUUUCUAAUUAUGUGUCACGGAAAAGUACUUCAUAAUUUAUUAUGCAAUUUAUCAUAACAAGAGCAAUAAUUUGAAAACGUUUACAAUGACAGGAAAAAAAUCAUUGUAAUUUUGAAUAUAUUUAUGUAUAUAUUUUAUGUGGCCAUUGAUGUAGAUACUUUCUGCAGUGUCUUUGUUUUUUUGUUUUCUAAGUUAAAAGAAAAUCUUAUUAUUUGUAGCACACCUUAGCUCUGCAUACCAAUGAUCAAUAUUUUGUUGCCAAAGCUGGAUGUUACAUCAAAUGGUAUAUUUAUUUCACUGAAGACAAAUUGAAGUGAUGCAUUUUAUCAUUGUUUUUAUUAAAAUUUUUGAACACUCUUCCCCUUUGAGAGCAUCAGAAAAGUGCAUAUGAGAUGCUCUUAUAAUGACAUCUUGCUCUCUAUAGCGCUGUAUUUUAACCUAACCUUAUAAACCACCUGUAAGAUUUGGGAAAAUACAUACAUACUAUUGUCCAAAAAAAAGAUUGGAAUACAGAAUAGUCCAAGUGCAGGACUGGCUACAUCCUCAUGGUCCAAUAGUAGACACGGGUAAUAAGGUGUUUUGUUGUUUUUUUGUUCUGGCACCCAUCUCAUUUUUCUGUGAGUCAUUUCCUUGAGUAUUUUGUGUCUUAUACAUUUAUUUGUUGUGGUUAAUUUAAGUGAAAGGGGCAUUGCAAAGUUGACAGUUUACCUCAUUGAUUGUGUCCAGUGUUGCAGAAAAAGGCUGGCAGAACCAAAAGCGUUGUGACUUUCAAGGAGAAACCAAAUAUACGCAGUCUAAAAACUGCACUUACACGUUGUACUAUUGCUUUGCUUGCUCACUCCAAAGAUAUUGCAGUUGUAUGGCUGGAUAUUGAGGGAUGCACUCUGGUUUAGGUUGCCUACUCUAUCCUCACAUGGAUAUACUUCAAGUCGUUUUCACCUUUCACUUACAGUUACCACGCAGUGGUAGAAAGUGGUCCAUAACACAAUUUACAAAUGUCACUGGAGUUCCCCCUACUGGUGACAUGGUGACAUCACUAUAAACAGAUUCCCGGAAAUAUCCAGCCGAAUACUCUAGCAUCCAAAUGUGGCAAAGCACAUCUUUUUAGCAUGCAUAAACCUAAGACAAAGCAGUGGCACUGAUUUCUAAACCAUUUCUGGCAUUGUACAGUCUGUAAAGGGACUGAUCCUUAAGCCGUCCAUGAAUACAACGCCAAAAUCUCGAGCAAAGGUACCAAAAAUACAGCUUUACAAGAUUCUAGCUUGUUAUACAGAAGUCUCAAACUGUAGCAAGAUCGAAAGUAUUAAUGUAAUAUAUACCAAAGUAUCACUACUGUCUCUGGACACACACUUCCCUUCCUUGUUGCCAGUAGUGCUUUUCUGUAUUCACUUCAAAGACUUAAUGUAUGACUGUUUCAAGAUGUUACUUUUUUUAAAAAUAGGAUUUUAUUACAUGUGAAUGUAGCAAACAGUGGUUUCUCUAUUUUUGUUUCUUUGUUUUCUAAGAGAAAAUCUGACCAAAGUUAACAGGCUUUUUACUUUGCUAGAACAACAAAUUUCUUAUGUUUACAUUUUGGUUUACAUUGUUAUUUAUGUGCAAAUUGUCAAAAGAU